AUGUGGAAAACCACUGAAACCAGCAUGGCCUCCAGCUCUACACCCACCCCAACCACAGCUGAGACCAGCACAGCCUCCAGCUCUACAUCCUCCCCAACCACAGCUAAGACCAGCACAGCCUCCAGCUCUACAGCCAUCCCAACCACAGCUGGAACCAACAUGGCCUCCAGCUCUACAUCCUCCCCAACUACAGCUGAGAACAGCACAGUCUCCAGCUCUACAUCCUCCCCAACCACAGCUGAGACCAGCACAGCCUCCAGCUCUACAUCCUCCCCAACCACAGCUGAGACCACCAUGGCCUCCAGCUCUAUAGCCAUCCCAACCACAGCUGGAACCAACAUGGCCUCCAGCUCUACAUCCUCCCCAACCACAGCUGAGACCAACACAGCCUCCAGCUCUACACCCAUCCCAACCACAGCUGGGAUCAGCACGGCCUCCAGCUCUACAGCCAUCCCAACCACAGCUGGAACCAACAUGGCCUCCAGCUCUACAUCUUCCCCAACCACAGCUGAGACCAGCACGGCCUCCAGCUCUACAUCCUCCCCAACCACAGCUGAGACCACCAUGGCCUCCGGCUCCACAUCCAUCCCAACCACAGCUGGGACCAGCACAGCCUCCAGCUCUACAGCCAUCCCAACCACAGCUGGAACCAACAUGGCCUCCAGCUCUACAUCCUCCCCAACCACAGCUGAGACCAGCACGACCUCCAGCUCUACACCCAUCCAAACCACAGCUAAAACCAGCACGGCCUCCAGCUCUACAUCCACCUCAACCACAGCUGAGACCAGCACAGUCUCCAGCUCUACAUCCUCCCCAACCACAGCUGAGAACAGCACAGUCUCCAACUCUACAUCCUCCCCAACCACAGCUGAGACCACCAUGGCCUCUGGCUCCACAUCCAUCCCAACCACAGCUGGGAUCAGCACGGCCUCCAGCUCUACAUCCUCCCCAACCACAGCUAAGACCAGCACAGCCUCCAGCUCUACAGCCAUCCCAACCACAGCUGGAACCAACAUGGCCUCCAGCUCUACAUCCUCCCCAACUACAGCUGAGAACAGCACAGCCUCCAGCUCUACAUCCUCCCCAACCACAGCUGGGAUCAGCACGGCCUCCAGCUCUACAUCCUCCCCAACCACAGCUGAGACCACCAUGGCCUCCAGCUCCAUAUCCAUCCCAACCACAGCUGGGACCAGCACAGUCUCCAGCUCUACAUCCUCCCCAACCACAGCUGGGAUCAGCACGGCCUCCAGCUCUACACCCACCCCAAUCACAGCUAAAACCAGCACGGCCUCCAGCUCUACAUCCACCUCAACCACAGCUGAGACCAGCACAGUCUCCAGCUCUACAUCCUCCUCAACCACAGCUGAGACCAGCAUGGCCUCCAGCUCUACAUCCAUCCUAACCACAGCUGAGAACAGCACAGCCUCCAGCUCUACACCCACCUCAACCACAGCUGAGACCACCAUGGCAUCCAGCUCUACACCCACUCCAACCACAGCUGGGAUCAGCACAGCCUCCAGCUCUACACCCACUCCAACCACAGCUGGGACCAGCAUGGCCUCCAGCUUUACACCCACUCCAACCACAGCUGGGAACAGCAGCACAGCCUCCAGCUCUGGCAGGACAACCACCCGCAGCAACUCUAGCCUGGCAGUUUCAACUGGAACGUACACCACCUCCAACCACACUGACAUGGUGAACGAGGUGAAGCCCAGUGGGUCCCUGAAGCCUUGGGAAAUCUUCCUCAUCACCCUGGCCUCUGUUGUCAUGGCCGCAGGACUCUUUGCCGGGCUCUUCUUUUUCGUGAAAAGAUGCCUGUCUCUGAGAAAUGCUGCUGACAUAGCUCUCUACAACCCCCACCCUGGUCCUGGAGAACCCUAUACACCUCUGUGGAGCCCUACCUGGUCCUGGAGGAGACCAGUAACCUCUGGGGUCAUGGAAAUGAAUGAGAGAUAA